CUAAUAUGAAGCGAGGUGAUUUAAGUGAUGAUUUUGAAGAGCGAGUAGCGAAGUGUAUCGCUGAAACUGCCCAAUUUCCACUUGAGUUUUGUUUUGUGACUACACAUACCGAUAUGCGUUCAUUUUGUGCUAGUUCAAAAGACCCUGCAAUGAUCUGUCAACUCAACUCAAUGUAUAUAUUCAAUGAUGAAGCGAAUUUUGAUAAAUAUUACACCAGCUUGUUUACAGUGUUGAAAGAAACAACGAGAUUGCCAGGAAAAAGGAUACUUGUUGAGCUGGUUGCAUGUCCAGACAAAAUGGCUAAACUCGGAGACUGAUCAUUACACAAGGUUGAAUGAGCCGCGUCACGACAAAACCAACAUAAUGGGUUUGCG